UCUGAUAUUUCCGUUUUUUGCCUAUCUCCUCACGGGCGGAUGCUGAAUGCUGGUGUCGGAUGCAAAUAUAGGUGCCGUUGUGUUGUGUAUCGGUGAAAAUUGGAAUCAAAUUAGCAGCGAAAAUGAAUUUAUUGGUUGCUUCCGUGGUGUUGCUGUUCGGUUGCCUAAUAUCGGGCGUAGAGCAGAAAAGCUACAAAGCAACAACGAACCGAGGCAGUGGCAUCAGCAUAGGUGGCAGCAGCAGCAAAGGCGCUGGCGAUAGUAAAAACAGUGGUGGCAGUGGGACCACUUCCGGAGCGGGCCCAACCCGUAUCACACGGAAUCAGCUGAACGUCGGCCUGCUGGUUCCGCACACCAAUUUCGGUCGACGGGACUAUCUGCGUUCGAUCAAUACCGCCGUGAUUGGUUUGCAGAAGGGGCGUGGACCAAAGCUGACCUUUCUGAAGGACCAUGAAUUUCAAACAAGCAACAUACACUUUGACAUGAUGUCGCUCACGCCAAGCCCCACAGCGAUCCUCAACACCUUGUGUAAGGAGUUCCUGCACGCGAACGUAACCGCCAUCCUGUACAUGAUGAACUACGAAACGUACGGUCGCAGUACGGCCUCGGCUCAGUACUUCCUGCAGCUGGCCGGCUACCUUGGCAUUCCGGUCAUCUCGUGGAACGCCGACAACUCGGGCCUGGAGCGGAGAGCAUCGCAGUCCACACUGCAACUGCAGCUGGCACCCAGCAUCGAACAUCAGAGCGCUGCCAUGCUGAGCAUUUUGGAACGGUACAAGUGGCAUCAGUUUUCGGUGGUAACGUCGCAGAUUGCCGGGCACGAUGAUUUUGUGCAAGCCGUGCGGGAACACGUAGCUGCCAUGGACCACUUCAAAUUCACCAUCCUCAACUCGGUCAUCGUGUCCCGGCCGAUCAACCUGGUCGAGCUGGUCAACAGCGAGGCGCGGGUGAUGCUCCUGUACUGCACCAAAGAUGAAGCGGUUGACAUCCUGAAGGCGGCCGAAGACCUCAACAUCGUCGGCGAAAACUACGUCUGGGUGGUGACGCAGAGCGUGAUCGAGAACAUGCAGGCGCCUUCGCAGUUCCCGAUGGGUAUGCUGGGGGUACACUUCGACACCUCGUCCAGUGCGCUGCUGAACGAAAUCUCCAACGCCAUCCGGGUGUACGCCUACGGGGUGGAGUACUAUCUGAGCGACCCGAAGAACGCCGGUCGGGGCUUGGACACGCAUCAGUUGUCCUGCGAAGACGAAGGGAGAGGCCGCUGGGACAGUGGAGAAGUAUUUUUCAAAUACCUGCGAAAUGUGUCGCUGGAGGGUGAGCCGAACAGGCCGAAUAUUGAGUUCACUGCCGAUGGGGACUUGAAGUGGGCCGAGCUGAAGAUCAUGAAUUUACGGCCGAGUGUUAACAGUAAGGGGCUGGUGUGGGAAGAGAUUGGUAUGUGGAAAUCGUGGCAGCAGCAGAAGCUCGAUAUUAGGGAUAUAGCGUGGCCAGGGAAUUCGCACACUCCGCCGCAGGGUGUGCCGGAAAAGUUCCAUUUGAAGAUAACGUUUUUGGAAGAGGCACCUUACAUAAAUCUAUCGCCGGCGGAUCCGAUUAGCGGAAAGUGUCUGAUGGAUCGGGGAGUGCUGUGUAGGGUAGCGGCAGACCAUGAAAUGACCGACAUCGAUAUGGGACAGGCUCAUAAGAAUGGAUCGUUUUACCAGUGCUGUAGUGGGUUUUGUAUCGACUUGUUGGAGAAAUUUGCGGAGGAAUUGGGGUUCACGUACGAGCUGGUGCGAGUAGAAGAUGGUAAAUGGGGAACGCUAGAAAACGGAAAGUGGAACGGCCUGAUCCAUGAGUUGGUGAACCGAAAGACCGACAUGGUGCUAACAUCGUUGAUGAUCAAUGCGGAAAGAGAAGCAGUGGUGGAUUUUAGUGAACCGUUCAUGGAAACAGGUAUAGCAAUUGUGGUGGCGAAGAGGACGGGAAUCAUUUCACCAACCGCAUUUUUGGAACCUUUCGAUACGGCUUCGUGGAUGUUGGUGGGAAUCUUUGCCAUCCAGGCAGCGACGUUCAUGAUUUUCCUGUUCGAGUGGCUUUCGCCCAGUGGAUACGACAUGAAAACCGUACUGCAGAAUGCGAAUAAUACCCCUUACCGCUUCUCUCUGUUCCGAACGUACUGGUUGGUGUGGGCAGUACUGUUCCAGGCCGCAGUGCACGUGGACUCUCCUCGUGGUUUCACGUCUCGCUUUAUGACCAACGUGUGGGCUAUGUUUGCUGUAGUGUUCCUUGCUAUCUAUACUGCCAACCUAGCAGCGUUCAUGAUAACAAGAGAGGAGUUUCAUGAGUUCACCGGCCUCGACGACACCCGGUUGUCGCAUCCGUUCUCACACAAACCCACCAUCAAGUUCGGAACGAUACCCUGGAGUCAUACGGAUUCGACCAUUUCCAAGUACUUCAAGGAGAUGCACUACUACAUGAAGCAGUACAAUAAGUCCAGCGUAGCGGAUGGAGUGGCUGCCGUACUGAACGGUCAAAUGGAUGCUUUUAUAUACGAUGGAACCGUGCUGGACUACUUGGUCCAGCAGGAUGAAGACUGCAGGCUGCUCACCGUGGGUCAAUGGUACGCAAUGACUGGUUAUGGUCUAGCUUUUAGUCGUAACUCCAAAUAUGUUCAAAUGUUCAACAAACGGUUGUUGGAGUUCCGUGCAAACGGAGAUCUGGAACGGCUUCGUCGGUACUGGAUGACAGGAACAUGCCGUCCCGGUAAGCAGGAACACAAAUCCUCCGAUCCGCUGGCCUUGGAACAGUUCUUGUCGGCAUUUCUGUUGUUGAUGGCUGGAAUUCUGCUCGCAGCUUUGCUUCUUCUACUAGAACACCUGUAUUUCAAAUACUUCCGCAAACGGCUUGCGAAAAAGGACCACGGUGGUUGUUGUGCUCUUAUUUCGCUAUCCAUGGGAAAGUCUCUGACUUUCCGAGGAGCCGUUUACGAGGCAACUGAAAUACUAAGGCGACAUCGUUGCAACGACCCACUCUGCGAUACGCAUCUGUGGAAGGUGAAGCACGAACUGGAUAUGAGCCGGCUGAGGAACAAUCAACUGGAGAAGGCACUGGACGCACACGGAAUUAAGCCACCGCAGAUAAGGAUUGCCUCGACGAACGACAUCAUCGGGGCUGGUCGGCGGGAUAACCUGCACCAGCGGCCGACCAUCCUGGGCAAUCUGAGUCUGGGCGGUAGUGCGCAGGAUUUGUACCGCUGGUCGUACAAAACGGAGAUUGCCGAAAUGGAAACAGUUCUGUAGAGAGCGGCGGAUCGUAACGGAAAUGGCAUGAGGAAUUUAGCCACCCUAAUGGGACUACUAAUAAGUGAAUACUAAAACUACCAACUCUAAAGCUAAACAUUCUACCACUUCUACCACCAAU